GCUGUUGGGUGCAUGUGCAUCCUGUAUGUGUGUGUACAGGAUGUGUGUGGAGAUUCAGUAAUAAAUGCAGAACCGCCUCACUCUAAUCAAGCUGAUUAAAAAUUCCUGCGCGCGUGCAGGCGGAAAUCCACCACCACCAUCAUCAUCAUCAUCAUCCUCGUUCUCCGGCACUUUUACUUUAUUUUCGCGUCCAUCCUUCUCCAGGACAGCGACAGACGCGGGAGGACCAGAAAUCCGUCUUCAAUCGCGUCGUUUAGGAGGUUUUUAGAGAUGAAUGAGGAGAAGCGGCAGGCAGCGCGGGGAGGGAGGGAUGAGCCGAUGCAACUCAUAAUUUAAUGGGGACAGAGAGAGAGAGACGGAGAGAGAGAGAGAGAGGCAGAAGGGAAACAGAAAGAAAAGGACCGAGCGCGAAUGUUACAAAUGUAACAAGCGGAAGAUACAAUGUAGCGCUGACGUGCGUCAGGAAUGUUCGGAUGCUUUGACGUUUCAUUCGACGUUCGAAAGUGUAUCGCGCACUUUUAAAGCUGCUUCGGAUCCGCAGAUCGGCUCGAGAUGAGACGGCAGGUCGCUGGGGCUUCGUGCUGUUGUUUGGCCAGAUGAGAGGCGAUUCACGAACGCUUCUGUUCCUAUAGGCGCGUAUUGUUGAAGCUCAAUGGGAUGUGUAGGGAACGCUGGCGGUUACUUUUAUUUUAAAGCGUUAUUCUGCGCACAGAACGGACGGUGGAUGUGAUCGUAAACUCUAUUGAACUCCAGACUCACCGGAGAUCGUUGCAUUUCGGCUUGAUUGCAUGCGUCUACGGUCUUUAGCUCUCAUCACAUUUUAAAGUACUUUGCGCUUCGUCUAUAUGGUUCUGCGUGUAUUAUGCGCCGUGAUUCAUGGCUUAGCGUUUGACGUUAGGAUUUGGCGUGGACGAUCUGGAAGUUUUCUAUGUCUCAGAAUAGAAUAGCUGACAUAAAACUGAUUUUCGAGUGAAGUUUGUGCUCCUCCUGCCAAAACUUGAAGUCGCUGUUCAUCCACAGCUCCUUUAUAUGUUCUUGUUAAAGUGGUGACAGUGAGCAUUGGUGCUGAGAACCAUGGAGCAUCUCAGCGAAACAUGCCAGGGGAUGGAGAACUGUGAGAUGGUCAACAACCUGAAUGACACCAAGGCCCCUCCGGCCAAAAUGGCCCGCCUGGAACAGAACGGAAGUCCACUGGGCAGGUCUCGUCUAGGUAGCACUGGAGCGAAACUCUCCGGAGUGCACUUCAAACCCCCUGGACAUCAUCUGAAGGCCUGCCACAAGAGGGGUAACAUGCUGCCAGUGUUUUGUGUGGUGGAGCACUACGAGAGCCCCAUCGAGUUUGACAGCAAAGAGGAACAUGCUGAGUUCGUUCUGGUCAGGAAGGACAUGCUCUUCAACCAGCUAAUCGAGAUGGCCCUGCUCUCCCUGGGCUACUCGCACAGUUCGGCUGCACAGGCUAAAGGUCUGAUUCAGGUGGGCAAGUGGAACCCCGUGCCUCUUUCCUACGUGACGGAUGCACCCGACGCCACAGUGGCGGACAUGUUACAGGAUGUGUACCAUGUGGUCACGCUGAAAAUCCAGCUACACAGUUGUCCUAAACUGGAAGACCUUCCUCCAGAGCAGUGGACCCACUCUACAGUAAGAAAUGCGCUCAAGGAGUUACUCAAAGACAUGAACCAGAGCUCUCUGGCAAAAGAAUGUCCCUUAUCACAGAGUAUGAUUUCUUCAAUUGUUAACAGCACUUACUAUGCAAAUGUGUCUGCGGCGAAGUGUCAUGAAUUUGGACGCUGGUAUAAACAUUUCAAGAAGACAAAAGACAUGAUAGUCGUGCGCCAGCCCUCCCAGCUGGAGGGCUACCUGGGGACGUGUGUCCUCCAUGACAGUCCACGUGCCACCACGUUAGCUGAGAUGGACAGUCUGUCUGAUCUUUCUCCACCCGGAACCAACCACCUCAGCUUCAGUCAGCAGCCCAUCCCGGGCAGCACAGCCGAGCAGUCCCCGUCCCCGGUGCCCCUGUCCCACAGCAGUCAGGCCCCCAGCCGUGCCCAGCUCCCCGGCCUGCACCCCGGCCUGGUGUCCACCCCCAUCAGCCCUCAGCUGGUGAAUCAGCAGAUCGUCAUGGCUCAGAUCCUUAACCAGCAGUACGCCGUCAACCGUCUCCUGGCCCAGCAGUCCCUGAGCCAGCAGUACCUCAACCACCCACCAGUCAGCCGCGCGCUCAACAAACCACUGGACGCGCAGGUGUCCACCAACGCCGAGGUCUCAUCGGAGAUCUACCAGUGGGUCAGAGAUGAGCUGAAGAGGGCGGGAAUCUCCCAGGCCGUGUUCGCCCGUGUGGCCUUCAACAGGACGCAGGGACUUCUGUCUGAGAUUCUCAGAAAAGAGGAAGACCCCAAAACAGCGUCUCAGUCACUCCUGGUCAACCUGCGAGCCAUGCAGAACUUCCUGCAGUUACCGGAAGCGGAGCGUGAUCGCAUCUACCAGGACGAGAGGGAGCGCAGCUUGACCGCGGCCUCUGCUAUGGGCCCUGCGCCCCUCAUCAGCACCCCUCCCACACGCCCUGUACAGCCCAGAAGAGAGGAGUGUAACAAUGUGAGACCAGAAGACUGGAAUCCCAGAAUUCCAGUGGGCAUCUCUCCUGUGAGUGCACAUAUGGUGAAGCCCAGCCCUCUGUCCUCAGAGUGGAAUGGGAAAUCAGAGAACUGUGUGUUAAACAUCAACUCCUCCAUCUACGACGAGAUCCAGCAGGAGAUGAAGAGGGCCAAAGUGUCCCAGGCCAUGUUCGCCAAGGUCGCCGCCUCAAAGAGCCAGGGCUGGCUCUGUGAACUGCUGCGCUGGAAAGAGGACCCGUCUCCGGAGAACCGCACGCUCUGGGAGAACCUGUCCAUGAUCCGCCGGUUCCUCAGUUUGUCCCAAGUGGAGCGUGAUGCUAUAUAUGAGCAGGAGAGCAACGGAGGACAGCAGCACCAUGCGGACAGACCUCCUCACCUGCUGCACAUGCCCAACGACCCAUUACAGAAUCAUCAACAGCCUUCCUCUCAGCUCCAAGCACCGCUGCCCCUGCUGCACCCCUCACAGCCCCCUCUAUCCCAGCAGCCCCUGCAGCAGCAACAGCAGCAGACGGGACCACGGCUGCCCCCGCGGCAGCCCUCCACGGCUUCGCCCGCUGAAACCGAGGAGGAGAGCCACUGCAAGAGCCGCCAAGGCAACCGAAUCUCCAUGGAGGCGCUGGGCAUCCUGCAGAGCUUCAUUCAGGACGUGGGCCUGUAUCCGGACGAGGAGGCCAUCCACACGCUCUCGGCACAGCUGGACCUGCCCAAACACACCAUCAUCAAGUUCUUCCAGAACCAGCGCUUCUACAUCAACCACGCCGGCAAGCUGAAAGAGCCGCCCCUGGGCUUCCCCUCCAACAACAACAACAAGGACGAGGGCCUGACGGACUUCAAGGGGGACGAGCUGCUGACCGAGCUGGACGAGAGCGUGCAGACCAACAGCACCAUGUUCUCCAUUAAAAUGGAAGAGCACCUGGCGCCCGAAACUCAUGCCAUGGGACAGGCCCAAACUGAACAGGAGGCGAAAGAGUAACGGACGGCUUUCUUUUGCUUCUGGUUUUAUUCUCGUUCACUCUUGUCUGUGUUCCAUGAGCGAAACUGUAAGACUUUUUACACGAGACUGAAUAAUACAGAGAUGAUUAACUUUCACAGUUUUGUAAAGCGUGGAUUAUUUCACUGUAAAGACUCGUGCAGCGUUUCAAUAAUCUGCACAACCAAACAAAAUGUAAAAAGAAAAAUCCUAAAGGAAUAGUUCACUCCGAAAUGAAAAUGUUGAUUCCUUUCAAGUGAAUGGCGACUUGGGCUGUCAAGCUCUGAAAUGCACAAAGGCAUCAUAAAAUAAGUUUGAUGAAAGUCAUUUUAUGACAGGGUAAUGGUAUAUAUCACAAUAUGAGUUUUUUUUUUUUUUUUUUUUUUUUUUUUUUUUUGGCUGUAAAUACAACUAAAAAUUAUUUUUCAUCUCUGUAACUUAAAUAUUUUAUUUGAUUUUCUUAACCUUUUUAUGAAUGGUUAUUUUUGCAGUAAAUACAACUAAAAAUCUGUAUUUUAUUUCUCUCACUUCUUUCAUUCUCUCUUUAUUAUUUUUUAUUUUAUUUAACAUUUUUUCCCUCAUUUCAUUUAAUUAUUUAUUUUAAAUUAUUUUUUUUAUUAACCUAAUGGAUUAAGACCAACAGUACAAAUUAUUCAUAACAAAUAUACCAUAAUAUAUGUCACGUUAAGAGUUUAAAGAUCACAAAUUGGUUAUCCAAACUGAGUUGAUGGCCUCAGUUCUCAUUCACUUGCAUUAUAUAGAACAGAGCGGCCAGGCUGUUCUUCAGAAGUCACUUUCUGACAGAAUUUUCAUGUUUGCGUGAACCAUUCCUCAAAGCAAACAGUAUGUUGCUGUGGAUAUUUGCUGACUGCACUUGUUGUCUGUUGUUUUUACACUGAUUUUGAGCUACUGAUUUUAAAAAAAGGAAAGUCAAUGGAGUUUGAUAGACUUUGAUGUUUACGUAUGUGAUGUUUUUAAGGAAAAAAAAUGCAUGACAUUGGAGAAGAGGGGUAGACAAAGGCCUUAAUGAUGAGGUACUGAGUCGAGCACUGCUGGCUAAUGAGUUCUCUUUGAGAGAAAGAGAGAGAGAGAAAAAAAAAGGAUGGCUCAGUCUCUGGAUCCCUACGACCUGCAGGUAAACCGAGGGAAAACGGCUCAAUCUUAUUUGGUUUGAAGACAUAUAAAUAUAUAUAUAUAGACAUAUAUUAAUUGUAAAAAAGUAUACAGUCUUGAAGAAACUAUGCCAACAAAUGCCUUGUACUAUAUGGCACUGCCGAUGUUAGAUUAUUUUGCAAAACUUUGGUCACUGUAAAAUCCUGGAUUCCCACAGUUUCAAAUGUGAAUCACAAACAUCGUCUCGCAUUAUUUAUUUUGCGUUCUGAUGUUAUUACGUUUGGGGAACGUCACCCGGCGCUCUUUUCGUUUUACUGAUCUUUUUCUAUUUAUAAUUGUAAUUUUGAUGGGCAGUAAAAUCAGAAGUGUCUUAACGUUUUAAAUGGAAAAUGUGCUUUAACGGUUGCCUAAAAAAAAGUGCUGUAUGUCAAGCAACUCAUGCUACGAGCUUCACAAUUCAUGUUGUAUGCAAUUUUUACUAUCAUGCAAAUAAGCUUAGGUAACCUAUAGAGACCACCUUAGAGAGAAAAACAUAUGCAAUUUGUGUGAAAUCGAUGUUUGCAAUGUGUCUUCCUUUGGUUAACGAUCCAAUUCAAAGCUAUUCCUGUAUAAAUAUGAUGUAUAAAAAAAGUGGUUCUUUUUUAUGAGUUUAUUGCAAUGAGAACACCAGUUAUUUUGUUACGACUGACUGUUUUAUAAGUGUUUCUCGGUUUCUUUAUGCAGAAAUGUUCUAACUAGGAGUGGUUACUGAUUGUUAAUGACACAAUUAAACUGUUUGUAUUGUA